AUGCUAGCGCAUUCUUUACCAUUUUGCUGCCCUCAGGAUUGGCUGAUGAGCUCUCUGGACCAAUCAGGGACGGACGAGUGGCUGCCAGUGGAGGUGGAGCAUCAGGACGACUUUGCCGCCCUCAUGACCGCCAUCCACGCCGCCCGCACCAGCCGCCUCAUCGCCUCGGGACAGUCGCUCAUGGAGCAAGCUCAGGGCCUCACUGCCUCGCCUGCUGCUUGGGGGCAAGAGCUUCCCCGGGUGUCACAACUGCAGGUACGACUGGCCGAGGAGCUGGAGCUGUGGAUUGAAUUCACUCAAAACACACACCCUCUCGUGCCUCCCACCUCACUACCAUCUCUCCAUAUCGCCCUUUCCCUCGCAUGCAGCAAGAGCUGCCCGGCUGUCACGACUGCGGGUACGACUGGCCGAGGAGGUGAUGUUGUGGAUAAAGCACACACCCUUUUCGUGCCUCACACUUCGCUACCUUGUAUCCAAAUCGCCUUCUCCCCUCCCGUGCAGCAAGAGCUGCCCCGGCUGUCACGACUGCGCGUACGGCUGGCCGAGGAGGUGGAGCUGAGUAAGCGGCUGCAGCAGCUGGUGGUGGGGAAGAGGGGCGAGGAGGACGAGGUGGCGGGAAGGAAUGAAUGA